CUACUCCUGUUUUUCAAGUCCUGGAUGAGAUGUUAUCCUUGGGCAAAAUUUCCCAGACAAUGUUUACAAAACUAAAAGAUGGUUUCAAGCAUUUGCACGACACUUUAAAAAGUGCGCACAGUUCUGAGAUGCAUGUACUGGAAGAGGCACAGAGGUGUCGGGCUGAGCUGGAGCGGAUCCAGGUUAAGGUACAGAGUCUGGAGGAGCAGCAGAGCCCCUCUGAGGAGCCUGAUGGUGAGGUCAGCAAACUAAGGCGACAGCUCCUGCAGGCGUACAACGAACUAAAAGCUGCUGAGGAGAGGGGGCACACAGCACAGCACGACCUGCAGUGUCUCUGGGAGGAGAAGCAGUAUUUGGAGAACGAAAUUCGAAUUCAACCUGCUGACAUGGAGAGCAACACAAACCUGUUGAAGGGCAAACUUGAUGUUUUGAAGAAUGAAGUGGCUCAGAGACAACAAGAUGUAAGAAAACUGAUUGAGGAUUUGGAAACACUUGAAACGCUUCUAUUAAAAGAACAAAAGGAGUUGGAGGAAAAUAAGAUGAUCAUCAAAAUCAAAGAGGCUGAGAAAGCGCAGCUUGCCUGCAUACCUAACCAGAUAAUGAGGGACAUCGAAAGAAAACGCUCUGUAUGGAAAGUUGCAAUGAAGAGGAUGGAGUCCCUGAAUAUGGAGCUUUCAGAAACUAAGCAUCAGAUGAGGAGUGUGAGUGAGGGUAAUCAGUCCCUGGAGAUGAGGAGACAGGAGGCAAUGCAGGAGCUGGAGCAGCUCAGAGCCCAAAUAGAGGCAUGUCAAAAGGAAAACAGACGGCUACUGAAGGAGCAGGAGAUCAGCAGGGAGGAAUUCGCUGAAAUCAUGGGCAGCAGUGGUAUUUUAGAAAUGAAGUUGCUGAACCUAAUGAUUGACAGAAAGCAGCUUUGCAACAGCCAAUCUGUUCAGCUCAGAAAGAAACAUAGGCAGGUGGAAGCCCUGAGACGGAUGGAGCAAGCAGUAGCCAUGGCCACUGAGCAGCUUGAGUUCACACAAUCUACCUACAAGCAGAUUCAAGUGCAGUUGCUGGAUGCUGUUCCCGAAAGAGAGGCCAGCGCUCGGCAAAGGAGGGAGCUUGAGAGGGAGAUGGAUGCUCUCAAAGCCAGCUUUGAAAAGCAGAAAGGUGUUCCCAAGCAGGUUUCUGUGGCUGAAGAGGAAACUCAGAGGAAGCAGCACUACAGGAUAAUUCAAGAGCUGCUGACGGAGUCGAAUCAUCUUAGAGAAGAACUCCAUAACCUGAGUUGUCUAAGACUGAUUAAAGCAGAAGAGAGGGGUAAAAAGCACAAGGAGCGACUCAAGGCACAGCAACUGAGCGAGCGCAUCCAGCAGGAGCUCAAAGAAAAAGAGCUGCUCAUCAUCGACCACAACAAGCUCAACAUGUUGCUCCAACACAGAGUAUCACAGUAUGCAAAACUCUAUAAUCAAUUCAAGGAAGAGAAGAAUAAGUAUGUGAGGCUAAAACAAAUUGCCUCACAGACAAUUUCGGAUUUGGGAGAGCAACUAAACAUCCUUGGGAACGAGAUGGAAAUUCAGCGCUCCAUCGCUGAUAGCAAGGACAGAUUAUUAACAAAAGCUCGUAUAAACGUCUCCAAUGGUUCCAAAACGAGGGAAAGACUGUGUAAUGAGAUAUCUAAGUUUACCUGCAAACGGCAUCAAAUCAGUCAAAAGUAUGAAGACAACAAACUGGAGCUAACAAAUCUCUCCCAAAUGAUCGAGUUCCAACAGAAUACCCUUCUGGGACUAAAGAAAGGGCUUGAAAAAGCCUCACAGAGACGCAUUAUUCUGGGAAUACAGCUCCUGGAACAGGAAAAAGUUUUGUUAAACUAUUGUGAGCAGACGAAGAACCUGGAGGCAGCCAUCACUAACAGAAACAUGGCAAUGGAGACCAUGGAGACUGAUAUGAGAGAAUUGAAGAUAAAGAUUAAUGAGGAGAAGAGGCAAAUAGACCUGAAGAAGGGGGACGGGAUCCUUAAGAGGAAGAUAGAAGAGGAGAUCACCAUGCUGCAGAUCGAGCUGUCAGAAGCCAGAAAAAAGACGCUGAAAAGUGUGAAUUGCACCCUUGAGUACAGGGAGCUAAAGGGCGAAGAUCUGCCAACUUCAGAACUAGUCAAGAAAAUGAAGCAGCUGGAGGUGAAUUUGGCGAAGCGUGAGAGUCAGCUGCUGGAAAAAGAACUCCUGGUGGAGCAAGUGACCCAGCUGUCAAAGUCACUGAGGGAGCAGGCGGAGAGCUGCAGGCUCCACAGUCUCUCUGUGGCAAAGAAGCUGAAUGAAACCCGCACAAACAUGAUUAACAUCAACCUUUCCUUGAUGGCUGCUUCUGCAGUGUUCUCCAUGAAGGAGGCGGUUGCUUUGUCUGAGCAGCAACAAAUCAAGGAAAAAGUCUUGCAGUUGUCAGAAGCCAGAAAAUGGAUGCUGAAAAAUGAGAAUUGCACCCUUGAAUUCAGGGAGUCAAAGGUUGAGAACCUGCUAACUUCAGAACUGGAGGAGAAAAUGGACGAGCUGGAGGUGAAUGUGGCGGAGCGUGAGAGUCAGCUGCUGGAAAAAGGACUCCUGGUGGAGCAGGUGACCCAGCUGUCAGAGCCACCAGGGGAGCAGGCGGAGAGCUGCAGGCUCCCCAGUCUCUCUGUGGCAAAGAAAAUGGACAAGUGCCAGUGGGAGGCUGGUCAGGAAAUGCCACCAUAUCUCGACAUAGAGGAGGGGUAUAGGAGGAUGCUGAGAGACAAAAAGAGGAGGCAGAGGGAAAAGGAAGAAAAGAAGCUUGCUGAAGAAAGUAAGUGGAGAUUGCUGCCAAAUGGAGUUUACACCACGGCAGAAGCCAGACCCAACGCGUACAUUCCUGAGAACGACCUGCUCGGUCUGCCCAAACCCUUCGGACGCUUUCCACCCAUCAAACCCUGCCCAAAGGGGGCCUAUAUGAGGCAUUACCGCAAUCCAACAAUCAGACCCUGGGAGAUUUAGAA